GUGCUGGCUUGUGCUGAUCUCGUGCCACAACUCUUCCCUGUGCUUCUGGCAGCCUGAUUCCUGCACCUGAGCCUGGAGGCCUGCUGAAGAUGUUCAAGCUGCACUUCGCUGAACAUUAUCUGCUUUCUGUCGCCUCUCAACAAGGGCGCAAUUUGCCAAGGUCCUUAGUUAGGAGCUCGACGCCAGCUUGCUGAGUGCACAUUUGCCUACACCUCAAAGCUUGCAUUGCACAUCUGUUUUUCCUGCGAUUUGGGUGAAUUGCCGGCUGCAUUGCAUUCCCAUAGGACCUUCCAUCAUGAAGGCCGUCCAGCAAUUGAGUACCCAGGCAUUCCAAGCAUGCUUCUCCUCGUCAGUUUCUGGCCAUGCUGCGCAGUCUCCUGCUAACAGCAGGAACGCGCCUAGAGGCGUUCCUCGCAGGCAGCCCCGGUGGCAGCGGGCCCCAGUCUGUCGGGCCGCUGGCGAGGGGGUGACCACCCUGCCCAAAGGGCCCAGUGCUGGGGGCAGCCCCUCCUCGGCGGUGCGGCCGGACCUGACUGCCACGCUGGGGGCGGUGGUGAGCGAUGCUGCGGUGCCGGAAGGGCACAAGGGCCUGCACGGUUUCCUAUAUGGUGACGCGGGGGCAGACGUGCACGACGACGGUGCGGCGUUCCAGGUGCGUGGGGAGGAGGAUGACGGGAGCGCGCUGGUGGGGCUGCAGCAGUGGCUGGCGGGGCGCGAGGCGGAGCGGCCGCCGGGGGUGUAUGCAGUGUACGACCAGGGGGGCGACCUGCAGUACAUUGGCUACUCGCGCAACCUGGUCCUUACGCUCAAGCAGCACCGCGCGCGGGUGGGGCCAGAGCGCAGCGCAGGGGUCCGCGUGAAGGUGUAUGCCAAUGCAGCGCUGGUGUCUCGCGCGCGCUUGGAGGAGGAGCGGCAAGCGUGGCUGGCCCAGCAGCCAGUGCCACCUGGCAACGGGCCUGAGAGGGACCUCUGGGAGGGGACAGGGCCCGCCACCGCCGUCAUGACAGAGGCGGAGAGGGGCGCGUAUGAGGAGAAGAAGCUUAAGAUGAGGAAGGCCAUGGGCGAGAACUUGUACGACGCUGUGGAGGGAGAGGACGCGGACGCGCGCACGCGGCGGUUGCGUCUGCUGGCGGCUGUGGAAGGCGAUGACUGGAGCGGGGUGAUUGAUGGGCAGACACAGGAGACACUGGCGCCGCCGCAGGCACAGCGGGCGGCGGCUGCCGCUGCGGCCAUCGAGGCAGCCAAGGCUGCGGUUGCUGCCAAGCCUCAAAUUGUGAGCCCCUUUGCCCGCCCCAAUGCCCCAGCCCUGGGCGCCCCUGCGGCGGAGAAGCCUGCCACCGUGAUGAGCGUGGAGAGCGUGGACCGCGUGCUGGACGGCGUGCGGCCGUACCUCAUUGCGGACGGGGGCAACGUGGAGGUGGUGGGCGUCGAGGACGGGAUCGUCGCGCUGCGCCUGCAAGGUGCGUGUGGGACAUGCCCCAGCAGCACGGCCACGAUGCAGAUGGGCAUUGAGGCGGCGCUGAAGGCGCACUUUGGGGCGGCGCUGCAGCAGGUGGUGCAGGUGGACAAGCAGGACAUAGGCGCCACGCUCGAGGCGGUGAACUCGCACCUGGACAUUUUGCGGCCGGCCAUCACCAACUACGGCGGCAGCGUGGAGGUGCUGGCGGUGGACACGCUCAAGGGCAGCGCGGAUGUGCGCUUCAAGGGGCCCGCCCCGAUCGGCAUGGGCAUCCAGGCGGCCAUUAAGGACAAGUUCCCGGACAUCAAGAAGGUGAACCUGGUUGAGUGACCGCACGCUGCGUUGCUGUCGUGUCACUGUGUUGUGUACCAUAGGGACAGGCUGCGCAAACACGGAGUAGAAGUCCUUACAGGUGAAGAACAGGAACUAAUGAGCUGCAGCAAUAAGGCCGGAGGACAAGAAUAACUUUUCAGCGACAUCAACUUUUCUUUCAUCAGAUGCUUUUGGGUUUUUUUGGGGUAUGAAUAUAAUUCCAUUAGUCUCUUUGCAAAGUGCAUGGUGCCCAGGCGGCAAUCACUAAUAAGUUUUCAGCGACAACAACUUUUCUAUCAUCAGAUGCUUUUGCGUUCUUUUGGGGUAUGAAUAUGAAUCAUUAG